GAGAAAGAGUAUAAAAGGAGAUCUAAACAGAUAAAUCAGACAACACUGGAGCUCCUGCAGACCCCUUUACCUUCAGCUAUGGAGUGGAGAACAUCUGCACUCUGUAUACUGCUGCUGGCUCUCACCUGUGGCACCCUGGUUAACGCAAAGAGGGUCUAUGCUAGUAACCAUGUGAACACCAUCUGUAGCAUGUGGGGUAACUUCCACUUCACGACAUUUGACGGAGAGACUUAUCAGUUUAAAGGCACGUGUGAAUAUAACCUGGUGUCCGACUGUCAUAGCCUCAUUCGCCAGUUCUCGGUUUACGUGAAGAGAACGCAAGAUCCCAAAGAUUCAAAGAUCAGCAGACUGUCAGUUACUAUCAAUGACAUUGCCGUGGUAAUGACCGAGGACCUGGUGACGGUCAAUGAACAGAAUGUAACACUACCCAUCCAUGUCGCAGGAAUCCUCGUGGAGAAGAAUGCGAUUUACACCAAACUCUAUUCCAAAAUUGGCAUCAGUGUCAUGUGGAACAGAGAUGAUUCAGUCUUGGUGGAGCUGGACUCCAAAUAUUCUGGUCACACUUGUGGACUAUGUGGUGAUUUUAAUGGCAUUGCACUUAAUGAUGAAUUCAUCCAUUCAGGACGAAAGCUUGGCUAUGUCGAGUUCGGGAAUAUGCACAGGGUUCACGAUCCGAGCCAUUAUUGUGAAGACCCUUUUGAAGAGGUAGAAGAGCAAAAUGCGGUGGGCCGAUGUGAAGAACACCAGGAGAUUUGUGGAGACAUUUUGGAAAAUAAAGACUGGUCAUCUUGUAGCUGGGUUCUGAGCCCUUUGCCAUACAUCAAGGCUUGUGCGAAUGACGUGUGUAACCGUCAGCCUGGUGAAACAAACACCACCUCACUUUGCUCAACACUAUCUGAAUACUCACGUCAGUGCUCGCACGCCGGAGGAACCCCACCCAACUGGAGAACAUCCAACUUCUGCUCUGUGAAAUGUCCCUACAAUAUGGUUUAUUCUGAAAGUGGCUCUCCCUGCAUGGACACAUGUUCACACCGAGACACAAACACACUGUGUGAGGAACACAAAGUCGACGGCUGCUUCUGCCCUCCAGGCACUGUAUUUGAUGAUAUCUCAAACACGGGCUGUAUCCCACUGAAACAAUGCCAGUGUAAACAUGAUCACGUCUACAAUGCAGGAGAGGUCCUUCAACAAGAGGGGGAAGAAUGUGUGUGUGAUGGAGGAAACUGGAUUUGUAAGAGUCUGCCCAGUCCUGGCCUGUGCGCAGUAGAGGAAGGAUCUCACUUCACCACCUAUGACGGAAAAGAAUUCACUUUUCAUGGAGACUGCAACUAUUUGCUUUCUAAAGACUGUGAGGGGUCAAAGUUCAUCAUAUUGGGGAAGAUUGUUCCUUGUAUAAAUCUUGAAACUGACACCUGCUUGAAAUCUAUAGUGGUGCUGAUUGACAAUGACAAGAAAAACCCUCUGAUUAUUAAAGCUGAUGGGACAGUACAACACAACGCUGAAGUUUUACUUCCAUACACCACAGCUGACUUUACCGUGUUCAGGCCGUCGUCAUUUCACAUCAUGUUUCAGACCGCGUUUGGUCUGCAGGUGCAGGUUCAGCUGGUUCCCCUCAUGCAGGUGUACAUCACUGUUGAUCAAAGCUUUCAGGGGAAGACUUGUGGGCUUUGUGGAAAUUUUAACAAAGUGCUUUCUGACGACCUGAAGACUCCUCAGGGCAUGGUGGAGGGUACAGCCACUUCGUUCGCAAACGCCUGGAAGGUCCAAUCCAACUGCCCUGACCGUAAAGAGAGAAUGGACGACCCCUGUUCCUAUAGCACCAAUAGCGAGCACUUUGCUGAGCACUGGUGUUCCAAGAUGAAGGACAAAGAGAGCCUGUUUGCCAAAUGUCACGCCUCCGUCAAUCCAGACAGCUACUACAAAAGGUGCAAAUACUCCAGCUGUAGUUGUGAGAAGAGUGAAGAGUGUCUGUGCGCCGUGUUCUCCUCGUACGCCCGGGCCUGUGCAGCUAAAGGGAUAUUUCUCCAAGGCUGGAGACACUUGGUGUGCGAGAAAUACACAGAGAAUUGCCCUGCAUCGCAAAACUACUCCUAUCAGCUGCAGAGCUGUCAGAGCACCUGUCAAUCUCUCAGUUCGGAGCGCCAGGACUGCAGCGAUGACUUUGUGCCUGUAGACGGAUGUGCCUGUCCAAAAGGACUCUACCAAGAUGAGAAGGGAGUCUGUGUACCUAUGGAAAAAUGUCCAUGUUACAACAAUGGCUUAAAAGUCCAACCUGGCAGGUCUGUCAGCAUCAAGGAUGAACACUGUGUUUGCAUGAAUGGAAAAUUGCACUGUCGCUCUUGGAAACCUCGUUUUCUGGAUUGCUCAUCUCCAAAGGUUUACUUCAACUGCAGUACAGCAGGCCAGAAUGAAAAUGGAUUGGAGUGUGCACAGACUUGUUUGCAACAGAAUGUGGAUUGUUUCUCGCUGGAGUGUGAAUCUGGAUGCCAGUGUCCUACAGGUCUCCUGGAUGAUGGAAGAGGAAACUGCGUUACACCACAUAACUGCCCGUGUUCACACAAUGGACAGUUUUAUGCACCAGGGGCUCAGAUAACCAUGGACUGCAAUAAGUGCACUUGUCAACAUGGAACAUGGAAAUGUACAGAACAUAGCUGUCCGGGCAUCUGCACUAUUUAUGGAAGUGGACAUUAUCAAACUUUUGAUGAACAAAGAUUCGGCUUUAGAGGAGACUGCAGUUAUAUAGCUGUGCAGGACAAGUGCGGCAAUAAGACCGGUCAAUUUAGCGUGGUGACUGAGAAUAUACCGUGUGGAACAACAGGAACCACGUGUUCAAAAGCUGUUGAUAUCUUUUUGGGGAGGACUAGACUGGAUCUUUCUGACGACAAAGUAACAGCCACUGACACUGGAGUUGGUCCACUGAUCAAGUACAAUGAAAGAAAAGUUGGCAUGUAUAUCGUCAUCGAUGCUGAGAACGGUCUGACAGUUUUGUGGGACCGGAUAACCACCGUCCGCAUCAUUCUGCAACCCCAGCAUUCAGGACAAGUUUGUGGCCUCUGUGGAAAUUUCAAUGGAGAUGGAAAAGAUGACUUCACCACUCAAGGAAACCUGCAAACUACAAAUAUAUUAGAGUUUGUGGACAGCUGGAAAGCAGCAAGCAACUGCCCUGAUUCAGAAAUGGACAUUGACCCGUGCAUGGCGACUCCCAAUCGACACACCUGGGCCAAAAUACAAUGUAGCAUUAUAAAGGAAGAUACUUUCAAGGACUGCCAUAGUAAGGUGGAUCCAAACCCAUAUUAUGAAAACUGUGUGAAGGACUCAUGUGCGUGUGACACGGGUGGAGACUGUGAGUGCUUCUGCACAGCCGUAGCCGCUUACGCUCAAGCCUGCAAUGAAGCAGAUGUUUGUGUGGUCUGGAGAACACCUGAGAUCUGCCCUGUGUACUGUGACUACUACAAUAAUCCAGGUGACUGCACAUGGCAUUACAGUCCAUGUCAUACGCCAUGCUACAAAACCUGUCUCAAUCCUGAGGGUAUCUGCAAUAACACUUUACCCAACCUGGAGGGAUGUUAUCCAAAAUGUCCAGAGGACAAGCCUAUUUUUGAUGAGAAAAAUCAAAUUUGUGUUGAGGCAUGUAAUGGUACUUGCUAUAUUAAUGGUACUGAGUUUAAUCCCGGAGAGGAGAUCCCAACAGAAGAGCCAUGUCAGAUAUGCAUAUGUGAUGAAAAUGGAAAAAUACAAUGUUUUCAAAAACCUGGAUGCUGUUACUACAAUGGAACAGAAUAUGGUGACAAUGAAAUAAUUUACAAUGUAACAGAUGGCAUGGGAAUGUGCUACUAUGCCAUUUGUAUAAAUACCACUGUGAUUGAAACACAGGAACCCUGUAAACCUUCACCACCACCCCCCGAAAGUACUCCAACCACUACAAUUACAGUGUCAACAACAGAAUCAACCACUCCCUCACAACCACCCACUGUUUCCACAUCUUCACCUACACCAACAGAAAUGACAACAACAACAACACCUCCUAGCAGUACUCCAACAACAAAAAUUACACAAUCAACAACCAUGGAAGGAUCUACAACUUCCUUACAAACGCCCAAACCUCCCAUUGUUUCCACAUCGUCACCAACACCAACAGAAAUUACAACAACAACAACACCUCCUAGCAGUACUCCAACAACAAAAAUGACACAAUCAACAACCAUGGAAGGAUCUACAACUUCCUCACAAACGCCCAAACCUCCCACUGUUUCCACAUCUUCACCUACACCAACAGAAAUUACAACAACAACAACACCUCCUAGCAGUACUCCAACAACAAAAAUGACACAAUCAACAACCAUGGAAGGAUCUACAACUUCCUCACAAACGCCCAAACCUCCCACUGUUUCCACAUCUUCACCUACACCAACAGAAAUUACAACAACAACAACAACACCGCCUAGCAGUACUCCAACAACAAAAAUGACACAAUCAACAACCAUGGAAGGAUCUACAACUUCAUCACAAACGCCCAAACCACCCACUGUUUCCACAUCUUCCCCUACACCAACAAAAAUUACAACAACCUCAUCGGGAACUCCAGAAACAAUGUCACCAUGUGUGGAUAUAUGUGAGUGGUCUGAGUGGUUUAAUGUAUAUAAUCCUGCAACAGGAGGAGAUAAUGACUUAGAGACAUAUAAAAAUAUUAAAGAAAGUGGAAAAAAGAUCUGUGAACAUCCAGAAGAUAUUGAAUGUAGAGCUGUGAAUAAACCUGACAUGAGCUUUGAAGAAUAUGUUAAUUCAUCAAAACAAGUAGUCCAGUGCAAUGUUUCAUAUGGUCUGCAGUGUGAGAAAAAAAACCAGAACGCCCGUCCCUAUAAAUGUUUUGACUAUGAAAUACGGGUUCUCUGCUGUUUUCCUUGUUCCACACCAUCACCCGCAACAACACCAACCUCUACAUUUAGCACAACACAAACACCCUUGAGCUCAACAUCCAUACCAUCCACCACAUCCUCACAACCGCCCAAACCUCCCACUGUUUCCACAUCUUCACCUACACCAACAGAAAUUCCAACAACAACAACAAAAACACCUCCUAGCAGUACUCCAACAACAAAAAUGACACAAUCAACAACCAUGGUAGGAUCUACAACUUUCUCACAAACGCCCACACCUCCCACUGUUUCCACAUCUUCACCUACACCAACAAAAAUUACAACAACAACAGGAACACCUCCUGGAAGUACUCCAACAACUGAAACAGUAAUUACAUUAUCAGUAUCUACUAAGAGCAGCUCAACUUCUGGGCUACCAAUAACUACUGGUCCUAUUAAAACAACACUGCCCCCCUCAACCGGAGGACAAAUCACAGGAUCAACUACCACAAAACCUACACCAACAGAAAGGACUACAACAACACAAACACCUCCUGGAAGUACUCCAACAACUGAAGUAACACAAUCAACAACAGUUGUAGUAUCUACAACUUCCCCACAAACACCCAAACCUCCCACUGUUUCUACAACUUCACCUACACCAACGAAAACUACAACAGGAAUACCUACUGGAAGUACUACAACAACUAAACAAACACAAUCAACAACAGGGUUUGGAUCUACCACAUCCUCACAAACGCCAAAACCACCCACUGUUUCUACGUCACCUACACCAACAGAAAGGACUACAACAACACAAACACCUCCUGGAAGUACUCCAACAACUGAAGUAACACAAUCAACAACAGUAUCUACAACUUCCCCACAAACACCCAAACCUCCUACUGUUUUUACAACUUCACCUACACCAACAAAAACUACAACAGGAAUACCUACUGGAAGUACUACAACAACUAAACUAACACAAUCAACAACAGGGGUUGGAUCUACCACAUCCUCACAAACACCAAAACCACCCACUGUUUCUACAUCACCUACACCAACAGAAAGGACUACAACAACACAAACACCUCCUAGAAGUACUCCAACAGCUGAAGUAACAGAAUCAACAACACUAUCUACAACUUCCCCACAAACACCCAAACCUCCCACUGUUUCUACAACUCCACCUACACCAACAAAAACUACAACAGGAAUACCUACUGGAAGUACUACAACAACUAAACUAACACAAUCAACAACAGGGUUUGAAUCUACCACAUCCUCACAAACACCAAAACCACCCACUGUUUCUACGUCACCUACACCAACAGAAAGGACUACAACAACACAAACACCUCCUGGAAGUACUCCAACAACUGAAGUAACACAAUCAACAACAGUAUCUACAACUUCCCCACAAACACCCAAACCUCCCACUGUUUCUACAACUCCACCUACACCAACAAAAACUACAACAGGAAUACCUACUGGAAGUACUACAACAACUAAACUAACACAGUCAACAACAGGGUUUGAAUCUACCACAUCCUCACAAACACCAAAACCACCCACUGUUUCUACAUCACCUACACCAACAGAAAGGACUACAACAACACAAACACCUCCUGGAAGUACUCCAACAGCUGAAGUAACAGAAUCAACAACACUAUCUACAACUUCCCCACAAACACCCAGACCUCUCACUGUUUCUACAACUCCACCUACACCAACAAAAACUACAACAGGAAUACCUACUGGAAGUACUACAACAACUAAACUAACACAAUCAACAACAGGGUUUGAAUCUACCACAUCCUCACAAACACCAAAACCACCCACCGUUUCUACGUCACCUACACCAACAGAAAGGACUACAACAACACAAACACCUCCUGGAAGUACUCCAACAACUGAAGUAACACAAUCAACAACAGUAUCUACAACUUCCCCACAAACACCCAAACCUCCCACUGUUUCUACAACUCCACCUACACCAACAGAAACUACAACAGGAAUACCUACUGGAAGUACUACAACAACUAAACUAACACAAUCAACAACAGGGUUUGAAUCUACCACAUCCUCACAAACACCAAAACCACCCACUGUUUCUACGUCACCUACACCAACAGAAAGGACAACAACAACACAAACACCUCCUGGAAGUACUCCAACAACUGAAGUAACACAAUCAACAACAGUAUCUACAACUUCCCCACAAACACCCAGACCUCCCACUGUUUCUACAACUUCACCUACACCAACAAAAACGACAACAGGAAUACCUACUGGAAGUACUACAACAACUAAACUAACACAAUCAACAACAGGGGUUGGAUCUACCACAUCCUCACAAACACCAAAACCACCCACUGUUUCUACGUCACCUACACCAACAGAAAGGACUACAACAACACAAACACCUCCUGGAAGUACUCCAACAACUGAAGUAACACAAUCAACAACAGUAUCUACAACUUCCCCACAAACACCCAAACCUCCCACUGUUUCUACAACUCCACCUACACCAACAAAAACUACAACAGGAAUACCUACUGGAAGUACUACAACAACUAAACUAACACAAUCAACAACAGGGUUUGAAUCUACCACAUCCUCACAAACACCAAAACCACCCACUGUUUCUACGUCACCUACACCAACAGAAAGAACUACAACAACACAAACACCUCCUGGAAGUACUCCAACAACUGAAGUAACACAAUCAACAACAGUAUCUACAACUUCCCCACAAACACCCAAACCUCCCACUGUUUCUACAACUUCACCUACACCAACAAUAAUUACUACAACAACAACAACAACAGGGACACCUACUGUUUCAUCUACACGUCCUGGAAGCACUACACCGACUGCAUCUACAAAGCCAUUAACAACAACUAUAAAGACAACCCUAUCUACAACUACCCGUCCUAGCACUACACUCUGUUUUUGUGAAUUUAAUGGAACGCAGUAUGAGCCGGGAGAGACAAUCCUUGACAAUGUGCACCUUGGCUCUGGGAUCUGUCUGACCAUGGUCUGCUCUGACAUCUGUGUGAUUCAGAAUACAACAAACCCAUGUCCAACUUCACCAACACCAACUCCCACUCCAUACUAUGACUGCCCUGAAUGGGACAAAAAUACCAAUGAGACCUUCAUCAUAUGUAACUGCACCAUGGCAAGGUGCAUAGAGGACAACAUCAUUGAGAUUAUCCCAUACGAAUGUCCCCCACUACAAAACAUCACAUGUGCUAAUGGAAAGAACCCAGUGCUGGUAUAUGAUGAGCACUACUGCUGCCAACAUUACGCCUGUGACUGCUUUUGUGAAGGCUGGGGUGAUCCUCAUUACAUCACAUUUGAUGGAACGUUUUACAGUUAUCAAGGAAAUUGCACUUACACAUUAAUGGAAGAAAUUCGGCCUCACUAUCAUUUGAAGAUCUACAUUGAUAAUGUCUAUUGUGAUCCCAUUGAGCAUGUUUCCUGUCCAAGAUCAAUUAUUGUAUCGUAUAACAACCUAAUCAUUACACUUACGAAUCACAAUUUAUUUGGAGGUGCAGAACUAGAGGCUUCAAUCAACAAUGAAAAGCUAAGACUGCCUUUUAGUCGUAAUGCAGUGAGGGUGGUGAGCUCAAGCUUGGAUUUAUUCCUGGAGAUUCCACAGCUGGGUGUCAUUGUAACAUUCGGAGCCACCGGCUUUAGCAUCAACCUGCCGUUCCAGCAUUUUGGAAACAACACACAAGGGCACUGUGGAACAUGCAACAAUAACAGGGCCGAUGACUGUAUGCUUCCUGGAGGGAUCUUGGUGUCUGACUGCGCAGUGAUGGCAGAUUACUGGCCAGCUAACCUCAAAAAUGGAGAAAUAUGCACUAAACCGACUGUGUUACCUACAGUGGGAACGAGCCCCAAACCCACACCCAGCAAUUGCCAGGCUCUUCCGGAAUGUAACCUCCUUCACAGCAAGUUGUUCGAACAGUGCCAUCACUAUGUGUCUCCAGAUAACUUCUUUUUAGGCUGUCAUUAUGACAGCUGUCAUAUGAGCAACCCUGCCGUGGUGUGUACGAGUCUGCAGACCUAUGCAAGGACUUGUUCUCAAUUUGGCCUCUGCAUCAACUGGAGAAACUACACAAGCCUCUGCAACAUUGAAUGCCCAACAAAUAAAAUCUUCAAGCCAUGUGGCCCAGCUGAACCCCAAACCUGUGAAGACCAACCUGAAGAGAGGAGUCUUGAAAUCCCCACUGAGGGAUGCUUUUGCCCAGAUGGGAUGAUGCUCUUCAACAAAGUGUCAGACGUCUGUGUGGAAAAAUGCGGAUGCCUGGAUGCAUCAGAGACCCCACGUGAGUUUGGUGAGGUCUUCGAGUACAACUGCGAGGUUUGUGUCUGUGAAAGGGCCACCAAAUCUAUCAACUGUAAGCCCAAACAGUGUCUUGAUUCUGUUCCUGAGAGCUGCACACUACCUGGCUUAGUGUUGGUCAAUGUCACCGAUCCCUCGGACCCAUGCUGCACCAAACAAGUUUGCAAUUGUGAUACAAGUACAUGCCCAUCUUUGAAAAAUGUGUGUGAGAUUGGAUAUUCUUCAGAACUGGAGGUGCCUGAGGGAAAAUGCUGUCCAGAAAUAAUAUGCGUGCCCAAAAAAGUCUGUGUCUUUGACAAUAAAGAGUAUGAGCCUGGUAGCCCCAUCCCCGUUGUUAACUGUCAAGAAUGUACAUGUACGCGGGAAGUGGAUCCUAAAACACAAUUAUUCAAGAUCAGCUGCAAAAUGGUGACAUGCAACGAAGUCUGUAACCCUGGUUAUGAAUAUCAAGAGCCUGUAAGCUAUAAGGACUGCUGUGGGAAGUGCGUGCAAACUCACUGUAUCAUCAAUGUCAAUGGCACACAACAUAUACUGAAGGAGGGAGAAGUUUUGCCCACUACUGACCGGGAUUGUGACAGAAUCACAUGUACUAAAGUUAAUGGACAGUUCAUCACUGAUAACUACAGAGUCCAGUGCCCUGCUUUCAACAUCUCCAACUGCCAGCAUGGUACAGUCCAGCUCAUGGCUGAUGGCUGCUGCUACUUCUGUGUGGACAAGAUUAAGGGCUGUCAAGUGCAGGUUGUUCAGGAUUAUAUAGUUCACGACGGUUGCCAAUCAGAAAAUAAAAUUGACCUGACAUUCUGUGAGGGAGAUUGUGGCAGUUAUAGCAGGUACACUGAACCCAAGUUAUCCGCCUGUAGCUGUUGCCAGGCAACCAACAUAAGUAAUAGAACAGUGUCUCUCGGUUGUCCAAGUGGAGCCAAAAUACAUCACACGUACAUUCAUGUCAAUGAGUGCACCUGUAGCAAAACAGCCUGUCAUGAAACUGGAUUUAACCAGCACAAGCUUGAAAACUCCCGUAAGAAACGCGGCUUUCAACUUACAUGAGCGUCUAAUGACUCCAGAUGUUAAUGAGCCGUCAAAUAACUGUGUGAAGCUUGUAAUCUGAAUUUAAUUUAAUUGCAUUGCUAUGUUUAACUAUUUCAGAAGCUUAAUUUUAAAGUUAAAAAAAAGCUUUAAAUGUUUUUCUCAAUUGAUCUUUGGAUAAAUGUGUAUUUUCUGCUUGUAUAUGAAAUUAAACGCAAUUAAAGCAAUAAAA